UUCAUAGACCAUAGACACACAUUAUACCUAGAAAAAUAGACCAUAGAUAGAAACACAUAUAAAAACUUGCACAUUUUUUUCUUGUUCAAAUCAUUCCAUUUCACAUUUGCUUCAAAAAAAUCAUUCCAUUUCACAUGGAUGAAAUCGAAGUUCCACAAUACUUCAUUUGCCCAAUAUCACUCCAAAUAAUGAAAGAUCCUGUUACUGCCAUAACAGGAAUAACAUAUGAUCGAGACAGCAUUGAACAUUGGUUAUUCACAAACAAGAACACAACAUGUCCUGUCACAAAACAACCUCUUCCAUUAGAUUCUGAUUUAACACCAAAUCACACACUUCGUCGUUUGAUUCAAUCUUGGUGCACUCAAAAUGCUUCACUUGGUAUUGAUAGAAUUCCAACACCAAAACCACCACUCACAAAAACUCAAGUCCAAAAGCUUCUCAAAGGAAUCAAAGAUCCUAAGAUUCAGCUCAAGAGUUUAAUGCAGUUGGAAUUGCUUGCUGCUGAGAAAGCGAGUAAUAGAAAGAUUUUGUUGGAAAAUGGUGUGCCGAAAGCGAUGAUUAUGUUCAUAGUUGAUUGUUACAAAAACGGCGAAAUUUAUGAAGGUAUUGAAGAAGCUCUAGGUUUUCUACAAUUUGUUAAGGUUCCUACAGAAGAAGUGAAGAAUCUUCUAUUUGAAAAUAAUCAAAUACUUGAUUCUUUAACAUGGAUUUUAGUAUCCGAGAUGAAAAACUCGGUUACUGUGAAAUCUCACGCGGUUUUAGUGCUUAAAAAAUUCAUAAACAAAUGCGAUUCAACAGUUUUAGAGAGACUAAAACCCGAAUUCUUCGAAAGAAUUGUGAAAGUUCUAAGAAAUGGUGUAAUAACACAACAAGGUUUGUCUUCUGCUUUACAUAUUUUCCUCUAUUGUUGUCCUUUGGGAAGAAAUAGGUUAAUGAUGGUUGAAGCUGGUGCAAUUUAUGAACUAAUAGAGAUAGAAUUAAUGGCAAUACAUGAGAAAAGAAUCACAGAACUCACAUUUGGUAUUUUGUUUCAUUUGUGUUCUUGUGCUAAUGGAAGAUUUCAGUUUUUGAGUCAUCAAGGUUCAAUUGCAGUGUUAACUGAGAGACUCUUCAAGGUUUCAAUGACAGUGGAUGAUAGAGCUGUUUUUAUACUCUCUUUGAUAUCUAAAUUUUCUGCUACAAAGAUGGUUUUGGAUGAGAUGUUAAAAGUUGGAACUGUUGCAAAGCUUUUUGUUUUGCUUCAAACUGAUCAUGCUAAGUAUUUGAAAGAUAAAGUGAUGGAAAUAUUUAAGGCUCAUUCUGAGGUUUGGAAGAAUUCUCCUUGUUUUCCUCAAACAUCUUUAUAUGCUAGGUGAAAUUAAUGGGAAUUAUUAUGCAAUAACAUAAUCUUCAUUAGUUUAAUUCUGUUAAGAUCUUUGAAAAAGUGUCAUUGAAAAUAGUUUUUGUAUUGUGUUUUUAGUACAUGUGAGUAUGUGACUCAAGUGUGAGAUACUAUAGUAUACUAGUAGUAUAUUUUAAGAUAACAAAUCAAUCUUAUCUUAUAUAAAUUAUGAUCUCAUUCUUUUUUUGGUUCUUUCA